AUGACCAAGCUAAAUGAAUCACUUCGAAUUUGUAUUAUGAUUAGAAAUUCACAAAAAGAGCAGUAUGGAUGCGAUGUGAUGACUCAUAAUGGAGAGCAUCUGAUCGUAUCAAUCAUCCCGGGAAGUAUCGCCGAGAGAAGCGGCUUGAAGAGAGUUCAUCGAAUCGUUGCCGUCAAUGGGAUCAAUGUACUCGAGCUGGCCCAGACACAGAUCUCCUACCUCAUCCUGUCGAAUCCUUUGAAAUGCGAGCUACUCGUGAUUGACCCGAGCUUCUCAACACACAAAAACCCCGAAUGGGACCGGAUUGUUUCGGAAUUGGAUUCUCCGGCCUCGAUUUGCCUGCAUUCUCCCUACAUGUUGUCCUCAAAUAACAAUGGAAUGGAAAUGAUUGAAAAAGCCGUCAACAAGAUCUUCUCAAUGCCCACAAAAAGCUAUUCUCGAGUCGGCGAGGAAGAGAGCCUCCUCAUCGACAGCGAAGGA